AUUUACUGUGUUCUUGAAUCAAUCUAUCUAUCCUGCAGUGUUGCUGUUAGUCCAGUCUCAGUGUGGAUACUUGUCUGGUUCCUGCAGUCUGUUUGGUGAUCUCUUGUGAUGCUGAUGGGAGUCCAUGGGUCUCCAGACAACUUUGUUCAUUUUAUUUUUAUUGACGUCUUCCGGUUGAAUUAUAAGAUAGUUUCAAGAAAAAUACUUCAGAAAGGUCUAUAUGCCCUGGGAAUGAUAUUCUCACAUCAAUGAAAUGUGUCAUUUGACUCAUGCAAGGAUUAUGCUGGCUGUUCGUAUCGAAAUCAUGCGAAAAUGGAAGACAUCGUUUGCUGCUCUGUUUCUUGUCUGUGGAGUUUUAUUGUAUGGAAUAGCAUAUUUGUUCCUGGAUUGGUCAUGGCAUGCAACUCCAUUCAUUUACUUGCCUCGGUCACACAUCUGCCAAGAAGAGAGUUCCUCCUGCAAACCUUUGCAGCCCAUGAAGUUGGAUGACAACUUGGUCUUCUUCCUGGACAUUGCAACAUCUCCUGAGUCUGCUGUUUCCUUCAACAUUCCCACAGCAUGUGCCUUGGAGUCCACCUCAGUCCAUAAUCCUGGGAGGACCAUACACUACCUAGUUUUUGGGAAGGACAAGCCUUAUCUAUGGCUGGACAAGCUUGGCUCUUUAGUGGCUGAGCUGGAGAAUGUCAAGGUGUCCAGUUUUCUCAUGGAACCUUGGCUGCUGAAGAGAGAGGCAUUGGUGAAAAAGAUCAACACUGAAAAAAGAUCUGGUGUCUAUUGAUUUGUUGAAAUGUUGCUGGAAGCCUAUGAAGCUAUUGAUCUUGACAAAUGGAAGUCCAUCUCCCGUGGAACUGGGAACACGCACCAAGCCUCAGUUUUGAAAACUGUAUGCCAGGUGUCGCACAAGACAUCACCAAAUCCAGAUGGCGCAACUUACCAAGGUUUCCCAUCUGACUGCUUAGCUGCCAUGAACAUCACAGUGCUGGACAAGAUGAUCUUGUAUCCACUUGGGCCAACUGACUCCUGGAAAUAUUUCAGUUCCAAAUGGACUGUGGACAUCCUGAAGAUGGUGAAGGACUCCAAGUCCUGGCUGGUGCACUAUUACUCAUCUCAUACAAGGAAAUACCUGAAUUCUGCCUUGACAGCUGCUGUUCCAACAGCAUUUGAACUACUUGCUCUGGAGCAUUGUCCUCAAACUUACCACGUCUGGAAGACAAUGAUUACUUCCCAGAUGUCGUCCUAA